AUGCCAAUAUUUCUCCGUCAAGAUAAAUCUGUACUCACACUCAACUCUGGUCCAGUUCCAUGCAGUGUUUGUAGCAGAGGAAUAGCACAACAAGGAUGGGUCUGCCAAUGUGAUGAUACGACAUACUACUGCUCAAUUCAGUGUAAGAGAACACACUCGGAUCUCUGUAUGGUCUGGAUGACCAGAGCAAAGCCACGCCCUUCAACUAUCCACAAAUUUGGAUUGUAUUUUCCAGCAGACAGCCCGAAUAUGCGCUUGGCUUGGUUCCCAUGUCUACCUGUUGCUCCGCCGUUGUGCGUUCCUUACUGCCACGAAUGUAUUGUCUGCGAAGGCUGUCAUGAGUGUCGACUUUACGAUAACCCAGCACCUCAUAGCGCCAUUGGUCGAGGGGCAGGCAUGCCGGCACACAUAAUUCCCAGGAUCACCGAUUUCGACUUGAUACCAGGCGUUUCAGGCCCAGACCACUGGACUCUUGCAACUAUAUUUGGCUUAGCAGAUGGCCCUGAACUUGACCGGUGA